AUGAACAUAUAUAUAAUAUAUAUCAGAAGUCGCCGUGAGCUGAUACUGCCAAGCGGCGUCAUGCUCAACUCGCUCGUGGACAUGCCGGUGCCAGUGACGGUGCGCCCUCUGCGCGUGCUGGGCGGCGGUAGCUCCACCUCAAAGGACAGCAAGAGCGGGCACCAGUCGCCACGCGGCAUGCAAGAGGGACGCUCACCGCCCUACACGGGAAGCACUCACGCAAGCCCAAGGGGCACCACCGGCAAAGCCGCCAGCGUCGCGAUGCCGCUCGCCACCGACCUUCUCACUAGCAUGGAAAGCACGGUGACAGUGAACUCGUCAACGACGCCGCCACCACGGCUGACGAUCACCAUCUUCGCGGAGCUCGAAGAUGACGUGGAGGCUGGUGGCCUGAGCUUUAGCAAAGCUAGCCACGCCACCGUGAAUAGCGUCACUGCCGGCGGUACCUGUCUCCGCGUCGAGCACGACCCCCUCACCCUUACCCAGACCCUCUUGUCGCCUCUCCGCUACAGCUCACUGUGUCAGCGUGCGAAAGCCGAGGCACCGGCGGGAUCGGCACUCUCAUCAAGCGAGAAGUCAGGCAAAGCAGCGAUGCGUCGGAAGAGCGGCUUUCCCAUGCCGGCCGGUGGAGACCGCAGUCCUGAGAGAAUAUGUAGCGGCAGUUUCAGAACGUUCAGUCCUGCCGAGUCCACGGAUCUUGCCGUACGGACGGACUCGAGUUUCUUCUCAGGGUUGCCGAAUGAUAUAUCGUGGAUUCACCGCCGGGUGACGACGUACCCAGGGAGUGAGGCUGCGGACCCGCCUCCCUUACGCAUCUCCGCGACACCCGUCGUGCCCAUCGUUCCGCACGUCGCCGAGCCGUCAUCGCGCAAGCGUGUGGCGGAGGAUAUGCAGCGGCUUUACGGUAGUCCCGGUGCAGCAGCGGCGUCGACCGCGGUGUCCCCUACCAAAGAAGCAUCACAUGCGUCCAUCUCUGCGACAUCAAGGGACGUGUCGUGGUCGGGCGGUUGCCCAGGGAACACCACCGACGCCUCUCAGUCGCCGCGGCUGGCGGCUAAGAAAGACAAGAAGCUAUCCUUCUUCACCCCUUCCACCUCCAAGAAGCCGACGAAGGUGGAAGGCAAGACGAUGCCGUCCGUAGCGGCUGGCCAACGGCAGGCGCGUGAGCAGAUCAUCCGGGUUGGAGUGCAGCGGCUGUACCAACGCCUUAACGAGCUGCGCCUCGUUGUCUACCGCGUCCGCAACGAUGGCAACUGCCAGUUCCGGGCCAUUUCGCACCAACUGUUGGGCAAUGAGGACUACCAUGACAUCAUCCGCAGCCAGAUCGUCUCCUACAUGCGGGCGGCACGAGCGAGAAGCUUCGACUACUACUUCGAGUCACCUGCGCACGCAGACGUCUACUACAACAACUUGGCCAAGUCAGGAUCUUGGGGAGACGAGCUGUCGCUGCGGGCAGCGAGCGACUGCCUCUACGUGAAUAUCCAUGUCUUGUCCUCCGAAGAGCGCAACUGCUACAUUACCUAUCGCCCCUCCGCCGACCAUGCCGUCUCGGCACCGUCGUUUCUCGUCGAUGUGUGGAAGCUGCGGGAGCGCCGCCGGGCCGAGCGUCGCCUUCUCCGCGCAUACGGGCCGCAACAGCAGCAGGGUGACAGCAGCGGCAGCAACACUUUUGGAGGUUCGCGGCAGACGUCGUUAUACGCCGGCUCCCAAGGCAUCGGCAGCGAUGACGAGGGCGAGAUGGACGCAAACGCGAUUCAGAUCGCCCUGCACCGCCGACUGCAGCAGUGCGAGAUCCGCUGCAGUCUGCCGCUCUCAGCGACGGGCAGCUACACUGGCGGUGGUGGUGGUGGCUCCAGUCCCGGGGCGGCGACAAUGCCGCUCCUGCAGCCUCAGUCAACGAUGAGGGAGCCUAGCCAACUACUGAAACCGGCAGCAGUGCCGGUUCCUCGCCUCUCCAGCGGCAACGAGGACGCCUCGGGUAACGACGCUGCGAAUCAGGUGGCGAAGUUCCGCGCUGUUGGUGCUGAGGUACAGUCGCUCGAUACGGCCACGCAGGCCGUCAACAUAUUUACCCAACGAAAGGAAUCGGCCAACGCGUACAACACGAGUGAUGGUGCCGUCUGCUUUCCUCGCAGGCGCGGUGAAGAUGCUACGCAUCCGCCGUUCACUGGCGCGGCAUCGCUUGAGUUCUCAAGCUCAUCCUUGCCUCGCCUGCAGGCGCAACACCACGACCUGAUGGUGUCUGGCAGCACAACAGAGGAGGCGCCUGUCUCCGGUGGCACGCGGCGGGUCGACACCAUGACCUCCCUCCAGGCCCAUUCACAGACGAUGCGGCACGGGGACGAGGCUGGCGAGAUCAUGCUGCUUGCGUCGAACACGCAGCGCCGCCGAAUGAAUCCGUCGUUCCAGCAGAGCUUCUCUUCCAUGCAGAGAGAGAACUCGCCCACCGGCCACGCUGACCACUUUAACGUCGACAACGCGCGAAGCAGUUCCCACGCACUUUCCGCCAGUGUUGGCGGAAGUCGUGCCAACUCUCAGCUCCUCGGCAGCCUUGUCCCGCGUGCUGCCACAACUUCUCUCCGACUCGGCACCGAUGAUGACGGCAGUCUGCCGAGUGGCUCGGAUGCCGGCAGCAGCGCUAGCCAGGGGGUCUGCUGCUUUUCUUUUGAACCGCGAACAGAGCCGAUCGACAUCUUCCUGUCGUACCUUUAUCCAGUGCACUACAACUCGCUCAGUGUGGUGCAGAAGGAGGUGCCGGCUGCCGGCACCGAGCCCACGGCUGAGGCGACGACAACGCCUUCUACACCGCCGCUACAGCCGAGUGGGAGUGUCGGCGCGCGCUGA